AUAAUUGUAAGAGUAUAUUUAAGAAAUAUAACAAAGGUUUAUCUCUUAUCGAAAAUAUAGUAAAACUUCAAAAAGAAGUUGAUGAAACAAAUAAAGAAAAUACAGCAGAACAAGAAACAAUUAAUAUAUUUAGACAACAAAUUGAAGAUUUGAUUAAAGAGAAUAAUGAGUUAAAAACAAAAAAUAAAGAAUUAACUGAAGCUAUAAAACAAAUUGAAAAUUUAAUUCAAGAAAAUAAUAAAUUAAAAAUAAAAAAUGAAGAAUUAACUAAAGCAGCAGAACAAAUUGAAAAUUUAAUUCAAGAAAAUAAUGAAUUAAAAACAAAAAAUGAAGAAUUAACAGAAUCAAAUCAAAGAUUAGAAAAAAUAAAUAAUGCACAAAAUUUAUUGUUAAGAGAUGCAAUUGAUAAAACUAAGUUUUACAAAGCUGGAAAUUUUCAAGAAUUUGAUACUUUUAUUUAUAAUUAUACAUUUGGAUUAAUUAAUUGA